AGCCGGUUGGCAGUCUGCCCUCGGUUGGCGCGCAAAGCGGUCGCGGAACAUUGCGCAUUUCUGCUUCUUCAGCAGACAUUUUUAACUUUUUUUGUUGUGUUUGUGCAUGUACGUGUCCGUUGUGCAUAAUGUGUAUCGUGUAAUCGUGUUUUAUUAAGGGCGCGUUUGAAGACCGGUUAUUUUGAGUUCGAAAAAUCCCGAUCGCUGAACCCAAAUCGAGCAAAAAAUCGCGAAAGAUGAGUUCGGCCGAUGAAGAUCAGAAAGGUGGUGCCAGGAGUAAGGAUCCUGGCAUGGCAUUCCCGGGUCACAACGGGUUCGUUGGUGGCCAACCUAAACCGCCGAACGUCCUAGGAACCGGUCACAGCGCUCGGGAUGUGGUCUCCAUCGUGCUGGCGGAAUUUCUCGGCACCGGUAUGCUCAUGUUCCUAGGGUGUAUGUGCUGUGUGGCCGGAUUUGGCAACACGCCAACCAACGUGUCCGGCGGAAUCGGGUUCGGCUUUACCGUCAUGAUGGUGAUUCACACCUUCGGGGUCGUUUCCGGGGCCCACAUCAACCCGAGCGUGUCGAUUGCGGCCUUUAUCUACGAUUUGGUUACGUUUCCGAUGCUCAUCCUGUACAUUAUUGCUCAAUUCGCCGGUGCGAUCUGCGGUUACGGCUUGCUGAUGGCCGUAUCACCUUACAAAGUAUUCACGGCAGCCCUGGACGAGGGCAACGGGUCCUGCGUAACAGCCCCGCACGCAGAUCUAAGCACGUGGGAAGCGUUUGGGGUGGAGUUCUUCAUUACGACCAUUCUCAUCUGGAACUGUUGCGGUCUGUGGGAUCCGCGGAACGCCAAGAACACCGACUCGACCUCCAUCAAGUUUGCUCUGAUCGUGGCCGGACUCUCGAUCGCCGCAGGGCCGUACACCGGGGCCAGCAUGAACACGGCCAGAACGUUUGCGCCGGCCGUUUGGAACGGAAGUUACAAGGGAUUGUGGAUCUACUUCGUGGCACCGCCACUGGCCGGGCUGAUUAUGCCCCUGAUCUACAAGUACGUCUUCCGGAGAGAGCUUCCCGCCGAGGUUCCGCUGAUCUACCCGGAGGAAAUGAAGGUCCAAACCGUUGAUCAGCAUCGGUUUUAGACCGUCCGGUUUGCUCAAGCGCCAAAUUUCGAAACAUUGCUCAGUUUUGUAUCAUCUUGCGUUGAAAGCGCGCCAAAAACUAAAGUCUGUCGUAGAGUUAGUGUUUAUAUGCGUGUAUUAUUGUGCAUUACUGCUAAGGUACCAUCUUAAGAUUCUCAAGAAAAAAGAUAUUUGAUGAUCGGUCGUUUUAAGUGCGAAAACAAUUGUGCUGUUAUUUCGGUGUCAGGAAUAAACUUAUUUAUUAUCAAAAA